UACCAGCACUAAUGAUUUUAGCUUGGUGUGUUCUCCUUCCCUCUUUCACUGCCACAGUCCUCCGCCACAUCAGCACACCCACUAAUCCACUUGUGGCCCACCGCACUCCACCACCUCCACCCAUUGUACUAAUAUAGUAAUCUGUUUACUCACCGUCUUCCGGCUUUGUCAGCCGUUCUAUCUGUAUCUGCCUUGUUGUGGUCAUACUCUUGUGCGCUGGUGGUUUGCA